AUGACGGAUGCCAAAGACGGCGUUUCCUCGUUUGCCCACGCGUCUGGCACUGCCCCUGAACCUGCUGCUGAUGCUUCUGCGCUCGACCGCUCACAGUGGCAGACUCGCGAUGCUGCUGCACGCCUCGCUAUUCGCAAUCACCUGCCGAUCCCCGAGCACGCGCAUUUUGGCCAGCACAAGACUGCUAAGGCGCUGUAUGACGCUGUAGUUGCGCGCUACUCCUCCCCGGCCACUGCAGCCCUAGGUCGUCUCAUGCUACCCUACCUGUUCUCCGACCUGUCCUCCUUUGACACUGCUGAGGACCUCAUCGCUCACCUGCGCGCUAGUGACGCUCGCUGUCGGUCCGCCCUUAAGGACGAGUUCCUCGCCAAGAACACCCCUCCGAUGUACUUUACGCUUUACUUCAUUGUCACCCGCCUCCCUGACACGCUUCGCUCGGUCAGGGACCGCUUCCUCGCUCUAGAUCCUACCGCUCUCUCCGUCGACGACUUCGCGACGCAGCUUCUCGCAGCUGAGAAGACCAUGCGGCUCGUGGCACUCCUCGCACUCCCCUCUUUGAGGGAUGCUCCCCCUCCCCCCUUACCCCCUCCCACGCCUCUGCUGUUGCUGCUGUCAACUUUCUUGGUGCUCAGAAGGUCGCAGCUGCUUCUGCUCCUGGUGGGAAGCGCAGCGGCCCCAAGGGAAGCAGGGGCGGCAGGGGUGGUGGAGGUGGCGGUGGAGGGGGCGGUGGUGGAGGCGGCGGGGGAGGUGGAGGUGGUGGGGGUGGUCGUGGGGGGUGGAGGUGGUGGUUGGGGUGGCGGUACCGGAGGCAGUGGCGGUGGCAGCGGCGGUGGUGGGGGAGGAGCCGGUGGUGGUGGCAGCGGCGGUGGCCAGGGACAGCAGCAGCAGCAGCAGCAGCACCAACACCAGCCCCCCUCGUCCCAGCAGCUCCAUGACUGGUAUGCUGGGCGUGGGGCGUCUGGGGGUUUGGUUCCCUGCACCUACAUCAUUCGAGCAGGUCCCCGUACUGGCUGCCCUUGCAAUGGUCCGCACACUGAGUAUCGCUGCUUUGCUAGGCUUAGUGACGCCUGGCGCGUCAAGUUUCCUACGGCAACUGAGUUCCCCAACUGGGCAGAUCUGCUUAGGCGUGGUGUUCCUAUCUUUGAUCUUGACUAUGAUGCUAUUCUUGCUGCCAUGUAUGCAUUGAUUGUUAGUGCUGAGGGUGACUGCUACUUGUGUGUGCCGCCUGACCCUGGUAUUGACCCCGGUAUAGGGGCUGCAGCCCUAGGUGCUAGUGAGUCUGCUCCCCCUGGUACUGCGUCGGCUCAGGCCUUGCACACGUUUACACUUGACUCUGGUGCUUCCCGCUGUUUCUUUCGCGAUAGCACCACCGUCACUCCCCUCCCUGCACCUGUCCCUGUCUCACUGGCUGACCCCUCUGGGGGCCCAGUGCUUGCACGGUCCACUACUGUGCUUCCCUGUCCGGCAGUCCCGUCCGGUGAGAUGACAGGUCUCCACCUCCCCUCGUUCUCUACGAACCUGGUGAGCACCGCCGUCCUUCAGGAUCACUGGGUUGACACCUUUACUCCUGGAGGACAGCGGGUGACACACUGCACGUGCUCUCGGACCGGCCGCCACCUGGCCACGUUCACACGUGCGCCUGGGUCCAGUCUGUACACCCUCACCGCUGUGUCGCGUCACGCCCCUUUGUCUCCGCAGCUGUACGCGUCUGCUCAGGUAGCUACCCAGUGUGAGUGUCGCCGCCUGUCGCACGACACUCUCCUGUGGCACCACCGCCUUGGUCACCCCUCCUUGCCUCGCCUGCGUAGCAUGCACUCUCGCUCCCUGAUCACUGGUCUUCCCAGGUCUCUGCCUGCCCUCCCUCCCUCGCCUGCGCCGCCCUGCAUUCCUUGCGUCGAGGGGCGGCAGCGCGCCGCUCCUCACUCCUCCUCGUUCCCUCCCACAGAGGCUCCGCUGCAGACUCUCCACCUGGACGUGUGGGGCCCAGCCCCCGUCCAAAGUCUGGGCCGCGAGCGGUACUUCCUGCUGGUUGUUGACGACUACACGCCUCCGCGAGCGGUUCGAGUCGGACAUCUUGUCCUGCGUCUGCACUCUGACAGAGGUGGUGAGUUCUCCUCCGACCUCUUGGCAGCCUUCUGUGCGGAGCACGGCAUCACCCAGUCACGCACGCUUCCGGCCUCUCCGCAGCAGAAUGGGGUUGCUGAGCGCCGCAUUGGCUUAGUCAUGGAGGUCGCUCGUACCUCCAUGAUCCAUGCGGCGGCUCUUCAUUUUCUGUGGCCAUUUGCGGUCCGGUACGCCGCGCAUCAGCUCAACCUCUGGCCCCGUGUCUCCUUGCCGGAGACCUCGCCCACGCUGCUGUGGACGGGGGAGGUUGGCGAUGCGUCGCGUUUCCGGGUCUGGGGUGCUUGUGCCUUUGUCCGUGAUCUCGCCGCGUACAAGCUCUCUGCUCGCGCCAUUCCCUGCGUCUUCCUUGGUUUUCCUCCUGACGCGCCUGGCUGGCAGUUUUACGACCCCACCUCGCGCCGUGUCUUUGCGUCUCAGGACGUCGCCUCCCAGGUAGACCCCCUCCCCGCGCCAGGUCCUGCUCCUUCAGGUGUUUCUCAGGUAGACCCUCCGGUACCUGCGCCUGUUGAGGUCACUGGUGACUCAGGUCCUGCUGUAGGUGGUCCUGCUCGGGGUGCUAUCUCUGGGGGUGCUGAGCCUGGCGGUGCGGAGCCUGAGCGAGAGGGGUCUGGAGGUGCUGAGCCUGGGGGUGCGGAGUCUGGGGGUGCUGUGCCUGCGCGUGAGGAGCCUGGAGGUGCUGAGCUUGGGGGUGCCGAGUCUGAGGGUACUGAGCCUACGCGUGAGGAGCCUGGAGGUACUGCGCCUGAGAGUACCACGUCUGAGGGUGCUGCGCCUGCACGUGCGGAGCCUGGGGGUGCUGAGUCUGACGGUGCAGCGCCUGAGGGCACUGCGCCUACUUCUGCGCGGUCUCCUUGGAGUAGUCGCCUACGUCCGCGUACACCUCUCACCUCACAGCAGCUGCACGACUGGUACGGUCGCCGUCAGGGUCGCGCUCCUAGCGCUCGUGGAGGUACUUCUGCUGUCGUCACUGGAGCUCGGAGUGGAGCUGGGACUUUGUCUACUGGAGGUGCUGGAGUCGCUGGUCCCGGAGGUGCUCGUACUGGAGGUACUGGAGCUGCUGGGGCUGGAGGUGCUGCGUCUGGGGGUGUUGCUGCUGGAGACACUGAGGCUGGAGACCCUGGGACUAGAGGUGCCGGUUCUGGGGGUGCUGCUACUGGAGACACUGAGGCUGGAGACCCUGGGACUGGGGGUGCCGGUUCUGGGGGUGCUACUGCUGGAGACACUGCGGCUGGAGACCCUGGGACUGGAGGUGCUGGUUCUGGGGGUGCUGCUGCUGGUGGAGCUGGUCCUGGAGGUGCUGGCGCUGGAGGUUCUGGCGCUGCUGGGGGUACUGGAGCUGCUGGAGGGGCUGGAGCUACUGGUGCUGGUUCCACUGCACCGACGCGACUUUUCUUCACUCCGCCGUCUCCGUCGUCUCUGCCGCCGCCUGACUCUGUUCUUCGUCAGGUUCUUACUCUCCCGUCGUCUACUGGUCUUCCAUUACAGCCUGGCUCACCGCUGCCUGCUCCUUCUCCUUACACGGAGCAGGCAGGUAGUCUUGCUAAGCGUCGUGAGCCUGCGUCGCGUCCAGUCUCGCCUGUUCGUCCUGGUCGUACUGGUCGUCGUGUUCCUCGUUCGCGUCAGCCGGCUGUCCCCAGCACACACCUCGUAGUCCGUCGUCCUUCCUCUGCUCUGCAGCCUGUUCCUCUGCCGUCUCUCCCUCCGUCCUCUCUGCCUGACGUUCCGGACCCUGAGUCUGACCGGUUUCGUGCUGAGCACCCUACUGUCACGCGUCUGUUAGCCACUGUUGUUACUGACCCGUCGUUUGAGUCCACUGCUGCGUCUGCCUUGGUUGCUGAGCUUGUUGACUUUGCUGCUGCCUGUCGUCUAGACUACGCCGCUAGUCUUGUUGCUGAGUCUGAGUCUGUCUGUCCACCGUCCGUCGGGGGUGAGUGUGCUCUUAGCACGGACGUCCUUGAGGACAGGCACGAGGACCUUGAGUGUCUUGCAGCCGCUGCGCCUCAUCUCAUGGCCAUGCUGCUUGCCCCUGAGGGAGACCCGGAUGCACCAGACAUCCCCACCCCGCGCUCUUACGCUGAGGCGAUCGCGGGUGAGUACUCCUCUCAGUGGCAGACAGCCAUGGACGCAGAGAUGGCAUCCUGGAAGUCCACAGGCACUUACGUUGAUGAGGUUCCCCCUCCUGGGGCGAACAUGGUCGAUGGCAUAUGGAUUUUCAGGGUGAAGCGGCCGCCGGGUUCUCCGCCUGUCUUCAAGGCUCGUUACGUUGCUCGAGGCUUUAGUCAGCGUGAUGGAGUAGACUUCUUCCAGACCUUCUCCCCCACCCCGAAGAUGACCACUCUUCGGGUGCUGCUGCACGUUGCCGCUCAGCGUGACUACGAGCUUCACUCACUUGACUUCAGCACAGCCUUCUUACAGGGCAGCCUGCACGAGGAGAUCUUGCUGCGCCGCCCACCUGGCUUCACUGGGUCGUUUCCUCCUGGUAACCAGUAG